AUGCUUGGAUACCGACAUGAUGACAUUGGCGCAGCGGAUCAAUUUACCUUCAACCGAACAACUGACACCUGGAGUUGGCGGAUGUCCACCUCCGAGUGCAACAACACUUAUGUACAGUGCGAUUGGGAAAUUCCAAAUGAUACUCAAGUUCCUGGCGUAUAUGUCGUGGUUGCCAUCCGGAAUGCAACAAACGGAAUGGCCGUUACCACCGUAAGGAGCGACAGUUUUGCGGUUGUGGCUUCCUCAGCACAAACGACACUGACGGCAACGGCAUCAUCGAUUCCUCUCUUGACUGGUGCCAGGGCUUCGGCGGCGAGUGAACUGCCUACAGAAAACACUGCCGAAUCGUUCCAGAGUGAUGAGAUUUCCAACAUGUCUCCGGGGGCUCAGGCUGGAGUUGCCGUUGGGUCAGUGGCCAUUUUGCUGGCAUUAGCUGGGUUGUUGUGGUUUUGUUGUAGGAGACGACGAAACCGUAAGAAGGUCGCUGCUGCUACCAUGGUUGAGAAUGAUGGGGAGAAUUGUAAGUUUGAGAAGCCAGAGUUGGAUGGACAACCGUUGUUAGUCAACGAAAAGAUUGUUGUUGAAAUGAAGAAUAAUUCAAUCGCUUUGGCAGAGUUGGAUAGCGAGCAACCGUGGAGGCAUAAUAACGCCGCGCCUGUGCCUGCGGAAGCAAUGUGUCGAGUUGACAAGAUAACUGUGGCUGAGAUUGGUUAG